ACGGAGGCUGGUCUGGAGCUACGGGAUGCAGCAUUAGACCCAUUUUCGUAUAACGCGGCUCAAACAUAUCAUUAAAACAUAUAAGGCUAAUAAGCCCCACGAGAAAAUUAUUGUAAGCAAAUAGAAGAAGACUAUAACCCUAAUUAUGAUUACUCCGUCUUCUUAUACAUUUAAAGGACACGAAGAUGUUACGUCUGUGGCAUAGACAUUGAAUGUGUAAAUACCUCAAACUAUUUACCAAGGCAUGAGUAUCAUAUUUUGUAUUUUUCAUAUAACUUCAUAACUUUAAACUGCGUGGUUAUUUUAUAAUCCUCAACCACUUAAGACAUUUCCAUAAUACUAGUUCUAUGAACACUCGUGUUCCACUUGGAUUAUAAUACUUAGAUUCGUAAGUGAUUUCUCUUCCUCAAUUACACAGAUGAUUCAUAUCUAAAGGAAUGGGUAUAGACAUGAGAAUCACAUCUUGUGUUUUCAUUGUGAUUAUAAGUGUUGGACUAUAAAUCUAUCCCGACUACAGAGAAAGCAGCUAUUGAUAGCUGAACAAUACUAGAAACAUCAGCAGCAACAACAACAACAUUGACUAAACCUUCAAAAUUUCGGUCUCGCCGCUUCCUUUAGUUGACAUGGACAGUAAUGACAGAGGUAAAGAAGGUCGGCAGGAGCCGGAAGGGGAACUGGGCUGCUGCGGCUGCGUGCUGAUGGGCGUCUCCAUCUUCAUCCUCAUUAUCUUCUUUCCUUUCUCCCUCAUCUGUUCACUAAAGAUCGUGCAGGAGUACGAGCGAGCUGUCAUAUUCCGGUUGGGUCGGGUCCUUUCCGGGGGAGCCAAGGGACCAGGUCUGUUUUUCCUGAUGCCCUGCGUAGACACGUUCAGGUGUGUCGACAUGAGGACCUUCUCCUAUGAUAUUCCACCACAAGAGAUUCUGUCACGUGACUCGGUGACCGUCGCAGUUGAUGCGGUGAUAUACGCACGCAUUUUUGACGCCACGCUGUCAAUAAUCUGUAUAGAGAAUGCUCAGAGUUCGACGCGCCUCCUUGCGGCCACUACGCUUAGGAAUGUGCUGGGAACCAAACCACUCUCGGAAAUCCUCACGGACCGCGAGAGUAUCGCGAGUCAGAUGCAGCAUACACUUGAUGAGGGCACACAUCCGUGGGGUGUGAAAAUCGAGAGAGUUGAAAUGAAGGAUGUCCGUCUUCCGGUUCAGAUGCAGAGGGCCAUGGCGGCGGAAGCGGAGGCCACGAGGGACGCCAGAGCCAAGGUGAUCUUGGCGGAAGGAGAGAUGAAGGCCUCCCGUUCCCUGAAGGAAGCCGCCGACAUAAUGAGCCAAUCGCCAGCGGCCAUGCAGAUUCGGUACCUGCAGACGCUGCACGCCAUUUCCGCUGAAAAUAACUCCACAAUCAUUUUCCCUCUGCCUAUCGACAUGUUGUCGGUGGCGACGAAAAAAGGCGGCGGGGGGAGCAAUAGCAGACCGGCUAUUCAGGCGCCUCCUAUCAGAAAAGUAGAGCCCUUGCAGCCAGCGAUAGCGGAAGUGAAACAGGAGGUCUCCAAGGCACCGAUGAAAACGGACGUGGUUUUCGAGAAGCAGUCACAUACGACAGUCGAAAGAAAGUGGUCGGAAACGCCCGAUCCUGCCGUUUACGAUGAGCCUAUGCCUAUCGACAUGUUGUCGGUGGCGACGAAAACAGGCGGCGGGGGGAGCAAUAGCAGACCGGCUAUUCAGGCGCCUCCUAUCAGAAAAGAAGAGCCCGUGCAGCCAGCGAUAGCGGAAGUGAAACAGGAGGUCUCCAAGGCACCGAUGAAAACGGACGUGGUUUUCGAGAAGCAGUCACAUGCGACAGUCGAAAGGAAGUGGUCGGAAACGCCCGAUCCUGCCGUUUACGAUGAGCCAGAGAAGGAAACAUUACUCGUGUCUGAGUUGACCCGAAGCGAUCUGAUGGCGGAGUCACCGGUUCCGAGUCUACCGGGUACUCCCGACGAAACGACGGCGCUCUAGAUACGGCCCUCGUUAUGUUAGAUUGGAUCCAUUUGAAGUGACGUCGCAUUCACGCGUAACCCCUGAUUUAGACGGCGCUCCCUGUCAAGUUUAAAAAGAUCCUGUGUAAUAAACGUAUGAGCAUCUAAGAGACAUUAUUAAAAUUGUUUUGUCAGAAUAGCAUCAUCUAAAAAGGAAAUAUGUCAUCCAUGAAGUUGUUUGUGCCUUAACCAAUUAAUGCUAACAUGCUGAGAACUGUAGAAGAAGCGCGUGGCUAUGCUAAUGACAUUUUCAUACAUUAUUGUGUUUGCAGAAUAAUUGCAUUUCGGGCUAAAUCACACUGGCUUCGCUCUCGAAAAACGGUUUUAUUUGCGAUCUCAUGUCUUUUCAUUGUUUAUCAGCAGUAUUAACACUUGAAUAAAGGAUUUCUGAACGUGCAUCGAUUUUUUAUUCACAUCAGCCCCCCGUAAAAGUUUUUAACAAAGCAGUCCUGAAAAUAUAUUGAAUAAAUCUGAUAGGUAUAACUUUAUAGACUGCCAAACGUACUAUUUUUUUUCUCCUUAAUUUCAACAAAAUUAAUACACUCCCAUUAGUUUGUCGAUUUUUUCCACACAAAAUAAUGUCCAUAUUAGCUGUGUAGGCUAUUGCUCUUUUGUAGACUGUGAUACUAGUAGUUUUAGCAUAAUUGUAACAGUACAGGCUGCUUGUUUAUUUAUUGUACUCAGUUUUGUUCAUGUCCAUUAAUGUAAAUGACGUAUGAUAUCAUAGAUUUUCUUUUUUGUUUUAAUAAAUAGUUACCUUCA